AUGGUUCGCCGCAACCUCUUGGCUGUCGCCAUCGCGACCAUCUUGGGUGCUCCUCACGUUGCUGAGUCUCACACCUGGGUCGAGCAGCUCAACCGAGUUGCUGCUAACGGUACCCUUGUUGGUCCUGCUGGCUUCUCGGCUGGAUGGACUGGUCGCAUGAGCUCUGCUUUCAACGACGCUACGUUUACCAACCGUAUCCCGGGUGAUGGCUUCGCCAUGUGCAAGCAGCCCGUUGGCCAACAGGUUGAAGGCUUCCCCGCCCUCACUGCUGCUCCUGGCGACUUUGUCUCCCUUCGCUACCAGGAGAACGGCCACGUCACUCUCCCCAACACCCCAGAGAACAAGCCCCUGAACCGUGGCACUGUCUUCAUCUAUGGCACCACUGAGCCCAAGGCUGAUGACACUCUCUUCGACGUUCAUCGCCAGUGGACCGCUGAUGGCAAGGGUGGCGACGGCCGUGGCCGCCUCUUGGCCACUCGCAACUUCGAUGACGGUCAGUGCUAUCAAAUCAACGACAAGUCCAUCUCACAGGAGCGCCAAAGCAAGUUCCCCCACGAGGCCGCUCAGCCCAUGGGUCGCGAUGUCUGGUGCCAGUCGGCUGUUCAGCUGCCAGAGGACUUGGCCCAGAACUCCGACUACACCCUCUACUGGGUUUGGUCUUGGCCUACCCUCACCCCUUCUGCCCACGCUGCCUCCAAGAAUGGCCAGUUCGCCGACUUUCCCGCCGGCUUCACCAAGGAUAAGCGCGCUGCCACCUCCAAGGAUGUUACCGUCGCCGAGCUCUACACCAGCUGCUCCUCCAUCAAGGUCAAGGGUGAGAAGCUAGUCAGUGGCGUAAAGUCAGCCUCCAAGUCUACUUCCAAGUCCGGCAAGGCCAACGGCAAACUUGCUGGGUUCAAUCUCCUCCAGAAGCCUGACUACAACAACAACGCAGUCAAGGACCAGCUGGCCAACCAGUUCCAGGUCCGCGUCGACGGCCAGGGUGCCCCGAUCAGCUCGAACCCUAGCAAUGGUACUCAGAGCAGCGCUCCAACUGCCACUGCAGCUCCCGCUGCCCCAACUGGAGCCACCGGUGUCACUAGCAAAGUUCGUGUCGUCACUGUUACCGUCACCGCUCAGCCUGUCACUCUCUACUCGAUGGUCACUGUCACUGCUUAUGCACAGUCAACCCCCGCUCCUGCCAAGAAACAUGCUGGCAAUGAGGGUGCCGCUCAAGCUGAUGUCACCCCUUUCCUUAAGGGUCGUCACAUUCGUCACAGAGACUCUUGGAAGUUUGGCCAGAGCGACUAA